AUGAUACAAAUAAAUUUCGUUUGGUUAUUAAUGAUUUCAUCAGUUAGUACGGAUGAUAUUGUUUCAAUCGAACAAUCUGUGGCACCUAUCAAAUACUGUAGGAAUAAGGAUAGAUUAGCAACGUCCGAGGAGAAUGAUGAAUAUUUACUUAUUAGCGCCGAGAUCGAUACAAUUAUCGAAGAGAGACAGUCAAAAAUUUGGUACUAUCAAGAUCGAUUCAAAGAGACUGUUGAAAAAGAGAUUGAAUUAGGAAUGGAUAACAAUGUGUCGUUCAAUAGGAUUUACACGACUUCAGAUCUUUCUUUAGUAGUUAAAGAAAUUGCGGUAACAGACGCUGGCAUUUACUUGUGCCAUGCGAUCUUCGAAGAGCACGGAGUUUUGCAUACAGAACAAGGGAACAUAACUGAUUGGGAGAAAUAUCGUGAAAUAUAUUUAGCAUCAGUUACCACACGAUUUGCCGUUUCCCAAAUGUUUGAAUUGGCUGAAAUUCGAGAAGUUGGGAUAACCCUUCAAGUUAUUUCUGAAUGGGCACCUUGGAGCCCAUGCGAACAUUGUGUACGUAAUCGGGGAAUCAAGAGGAGUGUUGGAAAUUGUCGAUUAAAACGACAAAUAAAUAUGAGCAAUUCUACUCGAAGAACAAUUUCCUGCUGUUAGUAGCGCAGUGCGCCAUUUGCCGGAAUUCAUUUUAAAGGAAGUAUGUAAAAAAUGUCCUCGCGUGAAAAAAGUGAAAGAUCGCAAGUUUAAAUACAUUAAACGAUUCGUACUGGCAGAAGGAGCUUAUCUUACAAUCGUUUGCCCAGAAUCAACUAUGGAAACCAAAGUGUCAUGGAAAAAAGAUGGGAUUACAUUGGAAAAAGGUGUUCGACAAUCAUUUCGCAAAUUGAAUUCAGAAGCUCGCGUGAUAGUAGACGCCUUUGGAACACUUUAUCUGAUAGAUGUUUCCACGCAUGAAGAAGGGAAUUACACGUGCUAUAUCAAUAACGUUAACAUGAUGCAAAUAAAAGUGAUAGUUAUUCAUAAAACUAGACUGUUAACUCAAGGACUUCUUCGGAGAUGUGUGAACUGUAGAUCAAGAGGAGAUUUAGGAUCCUGUAAGGAUCCUUUCACUAUGAACUCGACUGCGAUCGAAAUGGAAAAAGGCGUCGACGCUGUGCCCUGUGCAUCUGGUUGGUGCGGCAAAAUAAUUGAACGGCAGGGUUUAAACAACGAAUAUGGUACUGCCACGCAAAGGCUUUGUUUCCAACGUGGACCCGACGACGGUGAGGAACGAUGCGCGUUUACUGUGUGGAAUUACAAAAAGGUAUAUAUGUGCCUUUGUUUCGGAGAUCUAUGCAACGGAACAACGAAGCUAAGCAUUCCCAAUGGCUUGAUUUUCACAACACUUUGCAUUUUACUUACCGGUGCUUUAGAAUUUCCAAAUAAAAAGCAGAAUUGGUAUUUUGAAAUGAUACUAAAUAAGGAUGGGGCGUACUUCGCGCUUGAUAUUAAAGAAAUUUUAUCUUUUCCUUUUACCAACAUACGAUGUUCGUUAGCCAAUUUGUAUCUUUCCAAAACGGCGAGGUCGGCCUUAAACUUUUCAAUACGUGAUCGUGAAGGCCGUUCCGUCUCCUUUCUUCUUGGUUUCUCAACAGUGCUCUUUCAUGUGGAAUAUCGUCAUAAAACAGCUCGCCUUGGCUAUAUAGAUAUUUUACAGCGAGCAUUGCUUCCUCACCGGUCAAUAGAUACGGAUCGUGAUAUUCUGAAAUCAUUAUUAAAACUAAAACGAAUGCCUGCCCGCUUUGUUUUUAAAAUCAAUAUCCUUGCAUUAUAUCUUUGCAUUCUUUUAGCGUAUUCCUGCCCGUGUCAAAAUAUAUUGCUCACCAAGCCCGUUGGAAAAAUCAGGUGUUUUAUGCCUUGAUUCUUGCGAACUAUAA